CCGGAGACUAAGCGACCAGCACCUUGUAAACAUGUCCUUCAGUUCGUUGUGGGAAAAUGACAAAAGUGCGUUACAUGCAAUAUGUGUCAGUGUUUGAAGAGCAAAUUAAAGAAAUAUUGUGGAACUAAGAAAUGUGAAUAAGUAAUAUGUAUACUUAGUAUUUAAAUAAAAAAUAAAAAGGAAAAAAAACGGAAAAGAUAAAUACAAAAAGUUUGUAAAUGUGAUUAUCCAGUUUUAUUUUUCUUGAAUUGUGGAUAGCAUAACAAAUACAUUGAACGCACUUCAAUUCACAGUGGUUAUUAAAAUGCUUUGCAUAAGUGAUCAAGGGAACCCCAUAGAGGAGAGGAAAAAGUUCAUGAUUGACAAGAGGAGGGAGUGAGGAAGCCCAUUUUGAUGAGACUGAAGAUGUCUGGCCGCCACCUGAGUUCGGAAGACCGACGGGAACUUGCCCGCCUGACCAAGAUCCUCUCCCAGAAAAUAGUCCAGGUCGUCGUCCAGAGUCGGCUGGGUGAAAAGGCCAUCACAAAGUCCAAGACACCUGCACAAGGAUCAGAAUGGUUCAACUUGGGUAUAGAGGACAUUCAUGAAAUACAACAGGAAACCAAACGGGGUCUUGGGGGCCAUCUGCCGGAUGUUGGAAAGCCGCUGGUGGUGGAAAUACUUCUGCGGACCCCAGAGUCAGACAGCCUUGUGCUAGAACUGUGGACUUUAAAUAUUUUAGAUUCAUGUGAUACCUCACCAGCAAGAAUAAAUCCUACCAUUUAUAACAGGAUGACGGUAUUGUUGAAGUCACUUUUGGCUGUCACCCGCAUUACCCCAGCCUACAAGCUAUCAUUUAGGCAGGGUGCAGAUUCCUUCAUCAUCUGCUACAGGGUCUAUUUAGGAGAGCCUAAUUUUGAUUGCCUUGGUGAAAAUCCUGUUCAGGCAAGAUUGGGACAGGUGACAACUCCAGAAUCAACAAUGAUAAUGUGUGUCAGUUACCGCACACAGAUCACACUCAACCCCCCUAGUCGUAGUCCUGCUCAUGAGACUAUAAUGCUCAAGAGUGAUCAUUUUAAACCUGAGGUUUCUCCAAGACACUGCCGACGGGGUGCAGAUAGAGGAACUGACAGCAGUGAGGCAGCUCAGACAUCUGAUGAAAGCCAAGACGCAGCAAGACUUUUUACUGCUUCACCCCUUGACCAGCCGUCAACACCUCGAUCAAGAACAAGCAGUGACAGCAGCUGCAGAGGUUAUGUUCAACAGCAACAGCAACAGCAGCAACAACAGCCUGAGAGGAAGGUGUCAGUUGCCUUUGUUGAUGCCAAGCCAGCCAAGCCAGAUGGCUUCUUCCUGCCCGAUAUUCCCUUUUCCAAUCUUCUGACAUCCACCAUAGAGGUCCAGCAGGAUAAAAAAACAGACAAAGCAGAGGGGGUCAGUAAUCCUUCAGCAGCUGUCACUCAGGAAAAAGCAGGACAGGAGAGAGCAGGAGCAGGAGCAGCCGCGGCAGGGAUUCAGACUCAGGACACUGGGGAGCGUGUUGUCAUGACGGCUUCAGACGGCUCACACAAGUCCACUACUUCAGCACAACUCAGAGAUGAGGCCGAUUUUGUUAUGGUGGAGCUGAAAACACCAUUUGGUGGGACUUGCGGAACAGGAAAUGACCUAGGUGCAUUCUACCGAGAGUGUCGAAGUGCACCCCCCCUCCGUAUGUUUGCUGAUACCCCAGAAGACGAAAUCAGUGACCUCACUGAACAGCUCCUGAGCUUUGAGGCGAACAUGGAAGAAUACGAUGAAUUAGUAAAGUCUUUCCACUCGGAUAAUAGUCCAAACAGCCCUGACUGAGGUGGCACCAAACUGUAGUACUUUUAAUAUGUGUAUUUAUUAUGGGAUUUGCUUUUCUUCAUCAUGAAUAUAAUGACUAGAUCAUUUUUGCAGAAGUUACAUUUAAGUUUGUAGCAGUAUGUGGUCAUCAUAUUAAUUGUUGCAGGUUUAGCCCCAUUGACCCUCCCCCCAUAAAAGAAUAUAUAUAUAUAUAUAAGUCCUGAUGUGUGUUUGAUAAUGUCAUAAUAGUGCUGUAUUAUAUAGAAAAUCUAUUAAUUUUUUUUUAUUAUUAUUACUUAGUCAUGUCUAAUAAUUUCUCUUUUUCUUUCUUUCUUUUUUCUGAUUCUCAUAUUUAUGUUGUUGACACAGGCAACUAAAUCCAUCCAAAAACUGCAAUAUAUAUAUACUAACUUUUCAUAUAAACACAGAUUAAAUCCUUUUUAAAUCUAUACUUUUUUGACAGUUUUGGAGAAAAAAAGUAUAUCAAAUUUCGGACUACAAGGUAUCACCAUCUAAAGAGAAAAUAUUUUAGAGUCAGUGUAAAGUUAUUGAUUUCACACUGACUCGACACAAAGGCUCAAUUUAGACCAUGCAAGACGAAAAAAGUAUGAUUUGCUAAUAAACCUCAUUACAUUAUGCUGUAAUGACACAUGACAAAGAAUGCAUUGAGUUGAUGUACAAGUCAUGUUGAACAGAAACUGCAAACACCAAUUUUUAGUUGAGAUUAUUAAUUCUUAUUUUAUUUGAAACCGCUAAAUUGAAGGGAUGAUUUUUUUAAUUCUAUUCCUUUUUUAUUCAUUGAGGAUAAUGUACUUUAUUUUAUGUAUCAACCCUCUGACACCACGAGUGUAUGUAUACAUGUGCUGUCCACUGUAGAUGGUUUAAUAAUUUUGUGUACUCACGGAUGCACUCAGCCAUCUAGGAGUCAGUACAUAAGCUUCUUUGUUUACUCCAUUUUCUUGAGUGUUUGUUCAGAAAAGUUUUAAUUUUUUAUUGUGAUGGUGUGACUAAUUAUUUUAAUAAUGAUAAUAAUAAUAAUACAAAUAAGACUCUACACAUGAAGAUUUAGGAAAGCCCUAGUGACCAAGCACUUGUAAAGUCCAUCUGUGUAAACAGAAUCAAUAAAACAUCCCAGUGAACAGCACAUUUAUCCAGCAUUAGUGGGUUUAAGCAACUUUGUCAUAUAUCAGUAGAUAAAGGAAUAUUAUUAAUGCUAUUAUUUUUUUCUUAUAUAUAUCACACAGACACACUUUCAUUCUCCCUCUCUCCCUCUCCCUCUGUCUGUUUCUCUCUCUCUCUCUCUCUCUCUCUCUCUC